AUGAAGCUCUCGUGUGCUUUAGUGUUGACCCUUACGAACCUUGUGAUUGCUACCCCCUUCAGUUUCAGUGUGAAAGGUAGCGGUUCGACACCCACAGGAACAUUUGGGAUAGUGCAACCUGUAGCAGCGAAGACAAGUUAUUCGGGUGGUUUCUCGAAAGCUUCAUCUUCAAGCAGUGCAAGAGGCUUUGUGCCUCCAACUCAAGCCGUCGGCCAAAAUGUAGCCGUCGCUCCACAAGCCUUUGCUUCGGCAGUAGCUGAACAAAAGCCUGUCAGCCAAUACUUAGAGCCUAGCUCACAGCCAUCUGUAUCCCAAGAUACUUCGAAGACUGAAUUUUUUGUGUCAAAUGUAAAAGAAGAUAGUCUCGCUGAACAAACUCCUUACAAACCAAACUCCAGCUCAGAUUCUAACACUCAAGAGCUAACUCCGAUUAAUCCAACGGUUCAAGCAAGUCUCGGAGUCUAUGAUUCAUCGAAGCAAUCGAAUCAACAGUCUUGGGAAUUCAAUGAAAAGAACGGUGCUUCUCAAUCAAAUCAAGCACCUUAUGUAGGAGGUUUUGGGGGGCCAUCAGUUAGCUCCAAUGAUGCGGUAUAUCUUGGAGGUUUUGGAGGACCCUCAGGUGUAUUAAAACCAAACGAGUAUGUAAAACCCAACACCUUGGGUCUUUCUCAAAGCGAAAAUAAAUAUUCUUCUACCGCGCAAGCUGGUGGAAUACAUGCAGAGCAGAGUGGCGCUAGUACACAUUACUCGGAGACCCAAAAGAAUGUUUACGAACAAGCCGGUUUCCAAACGCAAGCUUCUGCCAAUGCACAGGCUAAUGCCGCAGCUACUGCAAGUGCAGAGUGGAUUUAUAAACGACAGCCAGCUUCUCUCGGAUUUGCUGCAAAUAACGUUUUCGGUAGAAGU